GAAAUCGCCAAGCCUGACCUUUCUGUGGUGCCUGCAUCCUGAGCAGCUCUAGUUACCACGGUAGAGAAAAACUCAAGUUGAUAUCUUGCUACGAUUCAGAUAUUCAAGCCUCGGGCUAAACGUGAAGCUGCAGUGCCUCGGACGGGUGCACGUGGCAGAAUACGUCCCGCAGAGUUCUGUCAAAGGCACGCUGUCACCGUUGAACAUCGUCGAGCGUUCAGUCUGCCUUUCCAUCCCGCCAUCUGACGAGCCUCCUCCAGUAACGAAUAUCUCUAUUUAUACAUAUAUAUCCAGACUGGUCUAAAUAUCUUAUAAUGCUGCUAAUUGGCGUGAUCAUCCAGAGCGCAUUUGCACUCACUGGACUAUUCCUAUAUGCCUUCGUUCCCGGAAGUUCGACAGGAUUCUCAUGGAAAUUAGGAUUACCUUCGAUCUCCAGCCGCGCUGGAAUUGCGAGUGAUGGUGCAUCGUUCUCCGUAUCUGCUACGUCCUCGGAUUUGGCUACCAGAGUCACCACUGCACUCACAGUCUACAACCCUUCGCCUCACUCGAGUCCGAUACCCUCCUUCCAAUUCGGCGUCCAAUGUCCCAGUGGAGUUGCCGAACCCCUACUACCUCCCACUCUCCUUUUGUUCGUAUGUGCAGUGCUGGUCGCUGUCCCCGCAUUGACCGGCCUCUCUUCUCUGACCUUUAUUAUCUUCAAUGCACUGCCUGACUCCGACCGGAGUAAAAUGCCGGAACUGGUCGUUGACCCUGAAGGUUUCCCCCUUGACGUCGAGCUCAAGGCAAAUGGAACGAUGCCUCCUGGACCAUCUAUCUCAGCUGAGCCGUCAGUCAAUGUUGAUCUUGACGACUGCGACGCUCGGAUCACAGGCACCAAUGCAGAUUUAAAGUGGUUCGAAAGCCCAGAGAAGACUUGUGAUGUGGUAUUGGUUCUUUGUACUGAGGCUAUAUAUGAUUCUACUGUCGACACCUCUGUUUCUUCGCUGGAACAGAUCAGAAAUUUUGCUGACGCUGCUGGGACAUCUGGAAUCGAUGCUAGGCGGCUUCCGUCAAUGGACAAGUCCUUAAUGCUGUUGUCUCUAUCUGACACCUUCGUUGUGGAUGAACGACCGACGACAGGUGAUAAUGACAAGGACAAGAAGAACGGCGACGUUCCGAGGUCUCUUUCUGUGAUACUGUCUCCUUCGCCUUCUAUGCAGUUCCUGGGUACAACGGCUGCACAGAGUUCUCUUUCGUCACCUGAAAAGCUGCAUGACUCCCGGUGCCAAUCUGUGACAUCCUCCGUUGAACCUGAGCUAGCAUUUGAAACACUUCCGACACCUCCUGCAUCCGAUAGAACCAGCCGCCUGGCCGCUGUGAAUGCCGCCAAGAAAGGAGGAAACGAACCAACCCCUCGCGAUCAUGAACUCAAGGACAAGACGUUCGCAAUAGUGGCGUGUGCUAGUGACGGCUCUUCUGUUGCUCGUGUUCCGGACGUGCUGUCGAUGGACUCUCAAUGCUCUAUUGGUGUUCCUGUCAGUGGCGAUACGGUCAAAACACUUUCCACGUACAGUGUGUCUGCGCUUCCUAGGCCUAUUGUGACGCCUUCCAUACCUAAGUUUGCUUCUGAGUCUUGCACACUUCAACCUCCGUCAUCGCUUAGAAAUAUCGGUACUGCCGAGCACACCGUGAAGGCUCCUGCAAACGCUGUGGGGAACUCGUCGCCUGAAACACCGUGCGAAAUAGGCACCGUCCCCAAGCAUGUUGUUACUGAGGCAUCUUCCUCAAUUCCUCCAUCAAGAGCGAUCAGUGCUUCCAUCCACGCAUCUCGCUCAGUAUCUGAUACCCUUUGGAAGCGCUUUCCCGUGCUGGAACGGGCCGAUACGGUACCGGAAGGUGUCCCAUGGCACUCUACGCCGGUAACGCGCAACGCGGAAACUGCAGCGCCUUCGCGGUCUGGCCACACAGAGCACAUCCGCUUGAUGAUGGCUGAAUCUCCGAGCCCGCUCCGUGCAACUGAUUUUGCGGCGAAGCCGAUCUCUUCUCCUGCACAACCAACUAGGUCGGUUGCCUCUAUUCACAUGCGGUCGGAGUCUGUCUGCCCUGAAAUCGGCGCAUCGGUUCACGCUCGUUCUUCGGCCCUUCCUCCUGGGAUUGGCACCUUUGUGCCCGCUCGUUCAUCCAACACAUCUUCCCGCACUAGCACUGCGAUCCAUACACAUACCACGACUGCUCCUCCUGACGCCAAUGCAUCCAUCCACGCUCGGGUACAAACUGCUCCCUCUGCUCCCUCAGACCUUGGAGCAUCCACCCACGCCUCUUCACAGGCCGUCCCUUCUGGCACGAAGGGUUCCUUCGCCAGUGCGACCUUGUCAUCUACCGCUCGUAGCACAAGAGAAUCAACACAUGCUCCUGGUCCUACUAAGGCUGCAAACACCUCACGACGCGUCCUGCUACUUCCGGCAUCCGUUAAACCCAUCUUGACGCAUCCGGUGCAAAGUUCGCAUUCAUCGGCGCGUACAAAUUUGGCGAGAUCACAACAUACAUCUAGACCUCCUUUGGUUGCGAAAGCGGAUCCGAAUAACCUGCCUCCCAGAACCCCCGCAUAUGGACUGAAGCGCUCGAUUCAUGCGCCUAAUCCGGACGACGAUAUCGUUCUGCUGGGCGACACGGCCCAAUCGCUUCGCCUGUUGCACACCAAAGUGACUGUCCGGCAGACUAGUCCGGCCAAGCGUUUCGUGGACUUAGCAGACCGGGCGGGCAAGAGGAAUAUCUCGAAGGCAUCCAGAGAUGCUUGUUAAGACUCAGCGGGUGGCGGAGCAACAGACGAUGCGUGAAGCCGCACGGACGCCGCCCGUCAUGGGAGCAUAUUACGGGACUCCAAUUUCCACAUUGCAAUCUGUGAAUCCACUCCCGGCAUGGUAUAGUAGCUUUAUUAAAUAGCGUCUCGUUAAUGUUUGAAUUGUACCACGGGCUUGAUUUGUGGCCAUUGUAACUCAUCACGAGCCGACGUAGUCGAGAAUGGCGAGUACGAUCCAUGUACUGUGUAGUACGUAGCGCUGCUAUGUAAAUUCAUUAGCAGUAAGCCUGU